CAUCCCCAGGAGGAAGUGAUUUUAACAUUUUGCUCUCUUUUUUCCUCAUUCUAAUUUCGUUUUUCUCAUCAUAAACAUGUCUAAUUACAAAAACGCUAAUCCUUUUUACGAAGAUGAUGACGACUUUAGUUUCGGCAAUGUUGGAAGGUCAUCAGGAACCAGCUCUGGACGUGGUUACGGGGCGAGCCGAAAUGAUGAAUUUGGUGAUGAUCCGGUUUUGUCGAGAAGGGCUCAACUUCAGCAGGAGAUGGCAGAAUCGAAGGAGCGUCAGAUGGUCAGUCAGCAGCGUGCCCUGGCUAGCCUCAACGAAUCUGAGAGAAUGGGGGUUGCAACUGCUGAGGAACUAGUGAGGCAAGGAGAACAACUCGACAACGUGGAACGCAAGACUGCAGACAUUAACGCAUCUAUGAAAACUUCACAAAAACAUAUCAACAACAUCAAAAGCAUAUUUGGUGGCUUUAAAAACUGGUUUGGUGGCAGUAAACCAGAGCAGGAGAAAGAAAUUCCAAAGCGUGAGAGUGGCUUGAAGGCUUUCGUGGAGAAUUCUGAUAUUGACAGGAGUGCUGCUCCCCAUCCCGUCGAGGCAAUGCGAGAGAGGGAUGCAUACCGCUCGUCGGACCGUUACCGGGACGAGAUGGAUGCGCAAAAAAUGCGCAAGCCUGGUGAUCGUUAUGAAGAACAGUUUGAUUCAAAUUUAGGCGCGAUGUCAGACAACCUCUCGAGACUGAAAAAUCUAGGGAAGGCCAUGACUGGAGAAAUCGAAGCUCAAAACGAACAGAUUGAUAGGAUAAACACUGAAGUCGGACGAGCAGACGAUAAUGUUUACGGUCAAACAAAACAGAUUGGCAAGAUAUUACACCGGUGAUGUAAAUUCAGGAUGAAAUUUACACUGUAAUGGGUGUUUUUAAAGAGUUCUGUCCUUUGUUUUUUUUAUUCGACUGGAACCAGAUGAUUGUCAGAAUGAAGCACAGUAAAACUCUCUGGGACAACAAUCUGUCUUUAGUUCGAUGGUGAGGUGUCCUGAUUACUGAGGUUAUAUUGAGUGGUAAUGACCAAUCUGUGCAUUGCAUUUUCAGUUAAAUUCUAAAUUUUGAAGCCGUUUUUCUCAAAUGGCAAAGACCGAUAUAUCUUGGUUUUUUUAGAUGAAACUCUUCAUUUGAAGAAACAACUGGUUAGUUGUUCAGAAAAUGCAGGACAGGACUGCCUUUUGUCUUUGCCAUAAAUGUGCUCUUGUCUGUUAGUGUUCAACAAUGUUUCAAUGAGCCGGGAAAAUCAUUCUUGUCUGCCACAUAUCAUUACCGAACAUCCCGGGUUACCAAGAGUCAUAACUACUGAGGUUCUACUCUGGGAUUUUGUUCAAAUAAAAGGAUCGACUUUCAUAACCCAGGGAUAAGGACAUUUAGACUGGUAACCCUACAAUGUUUCCAAGAUCUGCCAGCUCAGUUGACCUAGUAAUUGUGAGUAGCUGUCGCCUGAUCAUCCUGGCAUACCGUAACCAGUGCUUCAACGCACAGUAGAACCUCUCUAUUAAGGACACCCUUGGUACUGACAAGCGCUGUCCUUAUUAGAGAGGUGUCCUGAUUAGAGAGGUCAAAUUGAAUGGAAAGAACCAAUUUGGGACCAAAACUAGUGUCCCUACUAGAGAGGUUGUCCUUAAUAGAGAGGUUGUCCUUAAUAGAGAGAUGUCCACUAAGGGAGGUUCUACUGUACAUGUAUUCCGCCUGUCGAUAUUUUGUAAUUGAUCAUGAUGUAUGUGUAAAAAAAGCCUGGAUGUAGUCAGAUAUUCUGAUCCUUAUUAGAGUUGAUGACUACGAGAUUAUAUAUAGGUAUGUACACAAAAGAUUAAUCGUUGCAGCAUUUACUAUAUAAUUGGUCGGCACAUUUUAAUAUCCUGGGGUCAAAUUGUAGCAUAAUUAGUAGAUUUAGAAUUUUUGUUCAUGUAACUAACUGUAGUCCAUCCAGUGUGUAUUGCAACAUGUAUCAGUGUGUAUUUAUGUACAUUAGUUCAAUAUUGUAGUCCAUCCAAAGCAGUUAUUUGUUUACAUUUGUGACGCAUCACACCAAAAUGGGUACCAAGUAGUCAUAGUAGUAUGUCGAAUUUUGAGCAUGGAGUUAUCCGCUUGUUCAAAUAAUUUAGGUUAUAAGCUACAUUUUGAUACCUGUGUGAGUCGGAGUCCUAUCUUUUCAUCUUUUGUGGUUCCUGAGAUAUUCAUAAAUAUGUUGGACAAAACCAAAUUCUUUUACCAAUUUUUUUUGAAGAAUAUCAAGACCGUAUGAUGAAACGUUUGCAGUUCUCACUUGAGAGGACUUUACAAAAAUGCUUUCAAAUGUAAUUGAAGUUGUAUUUUUGCCACAUUUUUGGUACCAGUCCGAUCUUUGUGUCUUUUGUGGUGCCCGAGAUAUUCAUAAAUAUGUUCGGAGAAAACAACAUGCCUUUUUACCAACAUUGUUUGGAAAAAAAAUUUGCAAUGUAUGCUUGAGAAGACAUUAGAAAUGUAAUUGAAAUUAUAUUUUUGCCAAGUUGACUAGCAGAAUAUUGAGAUAUGUUGAUGAGGCUUAUGCUAUCGUGAUCUGAUUGUGGUAUUUUUGCCAAGUUACUAGCAGAAUAUUGAGAUAUGGUGUUGAUGAGGCUUAUGCUAUCGUGAUCUGAUUGUGGAACAUAAUUUACAUAAUUUCAUGCUACCCGUUUUAGUGUGGUGGGUCAUAUCAUCAAAUAUAGCCCAUCGUUGAGGGCAAUGUGGAUUUUUCUGGCCUGAGGAAUAUGAUUUCGCCGGAGGCCGCACUGGGCCGAAGGGAACAUCUCAUUCUGAGGGUUAGAAAAUUCUAAUUGUCUGAGAAAAUAGAGUAUAUAAUUAUUCUUUAUUAUGUGACCACCACAAAUUUUCAACUCAGCAGUGCAGAUGAGUUCCUGUUUAGUGAAAGUUCAGUGCACCCAUCCUAACCAAUCCAACGGGCACAAGAAUAAUGAUGUUGUCCAAGGAUUUAAGGUCACUGGGCAACACCAGUUUUUAUGGACCGGUCACAUGACAUUGUUUGUCCAAUGAGGUGUGGGGAUUCCUGAUGAUCAUGUUGUGGGUUUGUCAUCUAUUUUUUCUUUUGACUGGUAGUAGGGACUACAAGUGUAUUAAAUGCAUGCUUAGUUUCAAUAGUCUGACAUCAAUCCUUGAGAACUUAAUCAGGAGCCAGAUUAUUCUUUUACCCUUUGACCAUGUUGAUUGAGACAGAACUUGUAAGUGCUGUCAUAACCAGGCAUUCAAUAAAGUUUGUAAAUAUGUCAUGAAUUCAAUAAGAAAGCUUAGUCAGUCACAGUGGAGUUCAUCCAUAUCCAACUGGCAAACUAAACAAACUCUGUAUUGGUCCAAAUCAAGACUGCCAGAUUCUUCCUGUCACAAAGAUGUUGUCUUUGCUAAAUUCACUUCUAUAUGUAUGAUACUCCCAUUUUGAUUAUCUAACCAUUGUACAUGUAUUUUCAAAUGUAAAUGUGUAUAUUAUUUCAAUUUAAAAAUGAUUAAUUUCAUGCG